AUGGUGUCAUGGAAAGGGAUAUACUUUGUACUUGCACUAUUCUUGGGAAGUUUUUUCGGAAGUAUAUUCAUGCUCGGUCCUUUUCUACCUUUGAUGUUUAUCUCACCAGCCUGGUAUCGCUGGAUCACCGAUUGUGUUGUGGCUACUUGGCUCACACUCCCAGUGGCCUUGCUGGAAAUGGUGUUUGGUGCCAAGGUGGUUGUCACUGGUGACGGAUUUGUUCCUGGAGAAAGGAGUGUCAUUAUCAUGAACCAUCGCACACGAAUGGAUUGGAUGUUCCUGUGGAACUGCCUCCUGCGAUACAGCUACCUCAGACUUGAAAAAAUCUGUCUUAAAUCCAGUCUCAAAAGCAUUCCGGGAUUUGGCUGGGCGAUGCAGGUUGCUGCCUUUGUUUUCAUUCAGAGAAAGUGGGAAGAUGACAAGAGUCACUUUGAAAAAAUGCUGGAUUAUUUCUGUGACAUUCGUGAACCACUACAACUCCUCAUCUUUCCAGAAGGAACUGAUCUCACAGCCAAUACCAAGGCCCGCAGUAAUGAAUUUGCUGAAAAGAAUGGACUUCAAAAAUACGAGUAUGUCUUACAUCCGCGAACGACUGGAUUCACUUUUGUGGUUGAGCGUCUAAGGGAAGGUGACAAUCUCGAUGCUAUCCAUGACAUAACCGUGGCAUACCCCCAAAAUAUUCCUCAGACAGAGAAGCACCUUUUGAAUGGAAACUUCCCAAAGGAGAUUCACUUCCACGUCCAGAGAUAUCCCAUAGAGACGGUGCCCACCUCUAAGGAGGAGCUGCAGCUUUGGUGUCGGAAGCGUUGGGAAGAGAAAGAGGAGAGACUCCGACACUUCUACGAAGGUGGAAAGAGCUUCAGUACGGCGGGGCAAAGCGUUAUUCCACCAUGUAAAUCUGAGCUCAGGGUCUUCGCAGUCAAGUGCAUCUCGCUCCUCUACUGGACAGUGUUCCCACUGGGUAUGCUUAUGCUGCUGUACCUGUACAGCUUUGCACGAUGGUAUUUUGCAGCCAUGAUCAUCUUUUUUGUUGUGCAGCAAAAAAUAUUUGGUGGACUGGAACUAAUUGAACUGGCUUGUCAUCGAUAUUUUAAAAAACAGCAGAAAUUUCACGACACGAAAAUGAAAAACAAUUAGUUCUGGGGCAGGGAAAGAAGUAAAAAAUGGGUGGUUUUGAGAUGUCCUGCACAUUUUAUGCACAGGGAAGAAUUUUUGCAUGAGAAUUGUCUUUUACUAUCGCCAUUGUUAGACAUUUGCACUUGAUUCUGUGAAGAGAAAGAAAAAUGUUAGUUAUUGCUACACGUGAAAAUGGUAUUUUUUAAUCUCUGAAUGUAAUUUCAACAUUGCUCUUGCAAGCAGCUAGCAACUGCAUUCUGCUGUAAUUAAGAAACAAAUUGCUGGAUUAUUGAACAAUC